CUGGGGCUGCGUCCCACUCUACCUGUCCCGCGAGCGCGCUGGUCAUGGGCGGCCGCAGGCCGGGGGGCUGUGGGGCUGAGCCCUGCUGAGCCCGCCGGGCCGGCCAUGGGCGACCGUGAACGCAACAAGAAGCGGCUGCUGGAGCUGCUGCGGGCGGCGGGCACCGGCAACGCGUACUGCGCCGACUGCGGGGCGGCGGAUCCCGACUGGGCCUCUUACAAGCUAGGCAUCUUCAUCUGUCUGAAUUGCUCCGGAGUCCACCGCAACUUCCCUGAAAUCAGCAGAGUGAAAUCUGUGAGACUUGACUUCUGGGACGACAGUAUUGUGGAGUUUAUGACCCACAACGGGAACCUCCGUGUGAAGGCCAAGUACGAAGCCAGAGUCCCUGCUUUCUACUAUAUCCCCCAGGCCAACGACUGCCUGGUCUUAAAGGAGCAAUGGAUUCGAGCUAAGUAUGAGAGACAGGAGUUUAUGGCUGAUGGGAAAACCAUCUCACCCCCAGGUAACCGAGAAGGGUUCCUGUGGAAACGGGGAAGGGAUAACGCACAGUUCCUGAGAAGGAGGUUUGUCCUCCUGGCGAGGGAAGGCCUGCUGAAGUACUACACUAAGGAGGAGGGGAAAGACCCCAAAGCUGUCAUCAGCAUCAAGGACUUGAAUGCCACCUUCCAGACAGAGAAGAUAGGGAACCCCCACGGGCUGCAGAUCACCUACUGGAGAGAGGGCCACAUCAGGAACCUGUUUGUGUAUCACGAAAGUGGGAAGGAGAUAGUGGACUGGUUCAAUGCUCUCCGUGCAGCCCGUCUGCAAUACCUAAAAAUGGCCUUUCCUGAUUCGCCAGAGUCUGAGCUCGUGCCCCUCAUCACCACGAACUACCUCAAACAAGGCUUCAUGGAAAAGACUGGUCCAAAGCAGAGAGAACCUUUCAAGAAAAGAUGGUUUGCUCUGGAUCCCCAGGAGCGGAGGCUGCUCUAUUACAAGAACCCACUGGAUGCCUUUGAGCAGGGCCAGGUGUUUCUUGGGCGCAAUGAGCAGGGCUACCAGGUGUAUGAGGACCUGCCCAAGGGCAUCUGGGGGAAUCGCUGGAAAGCCGGCCUCACCAUCGUCACACCCCAGCGGAGGUUCGUCUUCACCUGCCCCAGCGAGAAGGAGCAGCGCGAAUGGCUGGAGAGUUUCCGGGAUGUCCUCUCCCGCCCCUUGACGCCCCUCCACCUCCUCACUGCUUCAACAGAGAGUGGCUGCAGCAGCAGGUGACCCGUCGGCCACCCAGCGCAGCUGGUGGGAAGGAGUUCUCACGUAGGCCUUGGGGACCAGCGGGCGUGCCCCACCAUCCGUAGCCAUCACUGGCAGUGAACUCUGCCAAGACUGAAGCUUUGGCCUUUACCUGCCGGCUCCCUGGGCCUCCCCACUGCCCAGACCUUGGGGUCUGGGGAUCUGGUAAAUGUCCUCAAGGCCCAGGACAUCUGAAAUGAACAUGCUGCAAUGGAAAAGCACCCACAGCAUCAUGCAAGUGUCACACUUGCGGAAAAACAACAAGCAAAAGUUUAAUCUGAAUCUAACUAUAAGGAAACAGUCGGAUAAACCCACAUUAGAGACAGUCUGCAAAACAACUGGCUGGGUGCUUCAAAAACAUCAAUAUCAGGAAAGAUCAAGUAGUCUGGAAAUGACCCUAGAUUAGAGGAAGCGAAACAGACAUGCCAAAUGCGAUUCAUGAUUCUUGAUGGGAUCCUGGAUUUAAAUUUUAAAAACUUUUACAAAGGACAUAAUUGAGAUAACUGGGACAUUUGAAUAUGGAUGUACAUAUAUGCUAAUGGUAUUGUGAGAUUGCAGUGAUCACGCUGCAUCUGGGUAGGGGAACACUCUUGUUCUUACAAGAUAUGUGUUGAAGUGUUCAGGGAUGAAAUGUCGUCGUGUCUACAACUGACUCAAAUGAUUCAGCAAAAAUUAAGUGUACGUAUACCUGCAUAUGUGUAGGGUAUAUACAUACAUACUCUGUGUGUGUGUGUGUGUGUGUGUGUUUAUAUAUACAUGGAAGACAGGAAGUAUUGUGGACACACACAGGGAGAGAAAGAGAAAGGAGG